ACACUCUGGACCCACCUUCACGACUCUGGGCUCUUGAUCAACCGAACCAGCACUCCUCUUCCAAGAAUCAUUUUGACAGGUUCUUUUUGAAGGUGCUCUUCUUUUUUUAACCCAUCCUUUUAAACAAAAAUGGCACCAAAGAAGGAGGUGAAGAAACCCGCAGCGGCGGCUGCCCCAGCCCCGGCUCCUGCCCCCGCCCCAGCCAAACCCAAAGAAGAAAAAAUUGACCUCUCUGCCAUUAAGAUCGAGUUCUCUAAGGAACAACAGGAUGAUUUCAAGGAGGCCUUUCUCCUGUUUGACAGAACAGGUGAAAGCAAGAUCACCUUAAGUCAGGUUGGUGAUGUCCUUCGGGCACUGGGCACAAAUCCCACCAAUGCAGAGGUCAAGAAGGUGCUGGGAAACCCCAGCAAUGAAGAGAUGAAUGCCAAGAAAAUUGAGUUUGAGCAAUUUCUGCCCAUGAUGCAAGCUAUUUCCAACAACAAGGACCAGGGUGGUUAUGAAGACUUCGUGGAGGGUCUGCGUGUCUUUGACAAGGAAGGCAAUGGCACGGUCAUGGGUGCUGAACUCCGCCAUGUGCUGGCCACACUGGGUGAAAAGAUGAAAGAGGAAGAAGUAGAAGCUCUGCUGGCAGGUCAAGAAGACUCCAAUGGGUGCAUUAACUAUGAAGCUUUUGUCAAGCAUAUCAUGUCUAUCUAAAUGAAGCUCUCAAGAUCAAACAUUGUCUAGGAAGACUGGCUGGAACAUUAUUUUAAUAACACCUAGGACAAAGGUCCAAAUUUGUUUACUGUCAUUCAAGUGAAAAAAUGAGCUGUUCUAAACUGAGCUGUUCUACCUGAAUUUUUAUGUACCCUACAUUUCUUUUGAAUUUU